AUGUUCAGCAGCAUUCACUUUGUAUCCAGCAUGACUAAAAUGUCACAGAAAAAGCCCUAUAGUUCUCUUAUUUUGAUAUUGGCUGUAUUCUUUGUAGGUGAAAGUGCUAAUGUAUAUUACAGGUACCGUGUAUCAAGAUGCAUCUUCAGCUCCUCUAAUAUCAGUGCCAUGGUGUAUAUUAACAGCAUGUAUUUCAAUAAAAAUCUAUUCAUACAGUAUAACAGCAAUCUGGGGAGGUAUGUAGGGUUUAACGAGUUUGGAAUAAAACUUGCAGAGUUCUGGAACAAUGGAACACUUCUAGAUCAUGAGAAAGACGUUGUGGAAUUUUUCUGCAUACAUAAUUCUCAAAUCUAUGAAAACGGCAUCUGUGAUAAAGCAGUGAAACCAAAGGUUAAGCUUAGUUCAGUGACCCGGGCCGGUGGAAGACAAUCAGCAGUUUUGAUGUGCAGUGCGUAUGAUUUUUAUCCUCCACACAUUAAUGUGUACUGGUUGAGAAAUGGUGAAGUGAUGACCUCUGAAGUGACCUCAACUAUGGAGAUGGCUGAUGGUGACUGGUAUUACCAGAUUCACUCUGAGCUGGAGUACAGCCCGAAAUCUGGAGAAAGGAUUUCAUGUGUGAUUGAACAUGCCAGCUCUAACAAACCCAUAAUUUAUGACUGGGAUCCAUCACUUCCUGUCUUUGAGAGGAAUAAAAUUUCCCUCGGGAUGUCUGCUCUUGUGCUGGGAAUCAUCACUGCAGCUGCUGGAAUCAUUUACUACAAGAAGAAAACUACAGGGAGGAUUCCAGUACUUCCAAGUCACCCGAUUACAUUGCCACUUAUGUUCGGACGUUAAUGUAAAUGGAAUCCACCACAGAGCACUCUGUCAUGGACAAUUACAUCAUGAACAUUACACCUACCAUCCUUAUACAGUGUAUGUCCUGUUGUAUGAAUUAUGUCACAGUUAAUUUGCCACUUUUAUUGCACAAUUUGAAAGCAGAAAGAACAAAAUCAGAG